UCCUCAACCCACCCACCUACUUCCUCCGGCUCCAUACACACACCAGCACGGAGCUGCCAAAAAUUUCCACCCUCCACCCCCCUCCCUAGCUAACUUCCUUCCAGCAUUUCCUGAACUGGAUGAUCCUAGGAUUUGUAAGACAGGAAAAAAAGGAAGGCGUGAGGGCGGGCGAGAGAGACAGGAUGCUUGUUUUUCGUUCUACCAAAGCCGUCUGAAGGCAGGACAGCGCGCGCCGGGCCGAGGACCUACGGCAGCCCCCGGGCUGUCUCCGCGCCCCUGGCCGCCGCCGGCUUCCCCGCGCUCUCGGCCACUCCCGGGCUUCUAGAAGACGGACCGGAGAGCUCGCCCUCCCUCCGAAGCGGAGGAGGACACCCGAAGACACCGCGGAAGCCCGUGAAAGUCCCUGGGACUCCAAGUGAGGAAGUGACACUCCCAGCGCGCCGGCCCGCGGCUGCCAGCUCCACACGGCCUGCGGCACCGCGGCCCUGGAGGAGAGCGCCGUGGAUUUCAGGCUCCGCGCCCGCGCCGGGCUCCGCGCGCCGCGGGCUCCAUGCGCGCUGCCCCGGGCCCAGGCUCUUCCCCACGCCCAUGCGGCCCCCCAGCGCCGCGCCGCAACCACUGAUCUAACCUCCCCCGGAGACCAUCGCAGGCGCGGUGCCAAGCAGCGGGGAGGGGGAGACGGAGGGGCAACCUCUUUGGGACUAACUCAUGAAGAACAAGGGUGCCAAGCAGAAGCUGAAACGAAAGGGAGCCGCCAGCGCCUUUGGCUGUGACCUGACGGAGUAUCUGGAAAGCUCAGGACAGGAUGUUCCAUAUGUAUUGAAGAGCUGUGCAGAAUUUAUAGAGACUCACGGCAUUGUGGAUGGAAUUUAUCGGCUUUCAGGGGUCACCUCAAACAUACAACGGCUAAGGCAGGAGUUUGGCUCAGAUCAAUGUCCAGAUCUGACAAGGGAAGUGUACCUCCAGGACAUCCACUGUGUGGGCUCCCUCUGUAAGCUCUACUUUAGGGAGCUGCCCAACCCCCUCCUGACUUAUGAGCUCUAUGAGAAAUUCACGGAGGCAGUGUCGCAUUGCCCGGAAGAAGGCCAACUGGCCCGAAUCCAGAAUGUUAUCCAGGAGCUCCCCCCAUCCCAUUACAGGACCUUGGAAUACCUGAUUCGACACCUGGCCCACAUCGCCUCCUUCAGCAGCAAGACAAACAUGCAUGCCAGGAACCUGGCCCUGGUGUGGGCUCCAAACCUCCUCAGGUCCAAAGAAAUUGAAGCCACUGGUUGCAAUGGAGAUGCAGCCUUCCUUGCAGUCCGGGUCCAGCAGGUGGUGAUUGAAUUCAUACUGAAUCAUGUGGAUCAAAUCUUUAACAACGGUGCACCCGGGUCACUGGAGAACGAUGAAAACCGGCCGAUCAUGAAGAGCCUGACGUUGCCAGCCCUCUCCCUGCCCAUGAAGUUGGUGAGUCUGGAGGAAGCUCAGGCCCGGAGCCUAGCUACUAAUCACCCUGCCCGGAAGGAAAGGAGAGAGAAUAGCCUGCCUGAGAUUGUCCCUCCCAUGGGCACCCUCUUCCACACUGUCCUUGAGUUACCAGACAACAAAAGAAAGCUCUCCAGUAAAUCAAAGAAGUGGAAAUCAAUAUUUAACCUGGGACGUUCUGGAUCAGACUCUAAAUCAAAGCUGAGUAGAAAUGGGAGUGUAUUUGUGAGAGGACAGAGGCUCUCAGUGGAAAAGGCUACUAUCCGACCAGCUAAAAGCAUGGAUUCGCUGUGCUCAGUGCCCAUGGAAGGGAAAGAAACCAAAGGAAAUUUCAAUCGAACAGUCACCACUGGUGGAUUUUUCAUUCCAGCAGCGAAAAUGCACUCGACUAGCACUGGCAGCUCAUGUGACCUCAGCAAGCAAGAGGGCGAAUGGGGCCAGGAGGGGAUGCCGGCGGGGGCCGAGGGGGGCUUUGACGUGAGCAGUGACCGAAGCCAGCUGCAGGGCGCUCAGGCCCGGGCCCCACCUGAGCAGCUGAAGGUGUUCCGACCCAUCGAGGAUCCUGAGAGCGAGCAAACAGCUCCUAAGAUGCUGGGUAUGUUCUACACCUCAAACGACAGCCCCAGCAAAUCUGUCUUUACCAGCAGCCUCUUCCAGAUGGAGCCCUCUCCCCGUCACCAGCGCAAGGCCCUGAACAUCUCCAAGCCCUUUGCUGUGUCCGUGCCACUCCGUGUGUCAGCCGUCAUCAGCACCAACAGCACCCCAUGCAGAACCCCCCCAAAGGAGCUACAGUCUCUUUCCAGCCUGGAAGAGUUUUCUUUCCAGGGCUCAGAGAUUGGAGAUUGGCCUGAAGAGGAGAAGCCACUGGGAGUUGAGACUUCUACAGCAUCUGUACCUAAGAAGGCAGCUCUUGAGAAUAUUAAGCCAGGACCAGAUGCAGAGAGAGCAAUGGAAUGCAGCAAAGGCCUUCCCCAGGAGCCAGGCGGCCAACUGGAGAAGAAAACCUCAGAACACUCCCUAGGCUCUCGACAUUCAAGUGAAUUAGAGAAGAAGUUGGAUGCAGAGAAGGCGGUGGAGGAGGGUGGAGAGACUGGCCAGGUGGAAUCCAGCACUCUGCAGGAGAGCCCUGGGGCCAGAGCGGAAGCAGUGUUUCUCCAUGAGAUGGAUGAAGAUGAUCUAGCCAACGCCCUGAUCUGGCCUGAGAUUCAACAAGAGCUGAAAAUUAUUGAAUCUGAGGAGGAACUCUCCUCCUUGCCACCACCUGCUCUAAAGACCGGCACGACUCAGCCUACUCUUGAGUCUAGUCCAGGGCCUUUUGCUUCCCCAGAGCCUCCUGGGAGCCUGCCUUGUGGCUCCACCCCAGCUCCAGUUUCCGCCCCUCUGGAGGAAUGGACUAAGGAUCCAACCAAUCAGAGCACACAGGGCACUUCCGCAGCAGCCAAUAGAGAAAAGUCAGAGACAACCAGCAUCCUCCAUAGAUCCGAGCCUGAAAAGGGCCAGCGCCCAGACCCGGCCAGCCUGACUCCUCUGGAAAUGGUUCCAUUUGAGAACUCUUCUCCACAAGCAACAGUGGAGGUGGGGGGCCCAGGGAAUCUGUCUCCUCUGCUCCUGCCUGCUCCUCCUCCAACUCCUUUGGAGGAGGCGCCUCCAGUCCAGCUAUUGAAGGGUGGCCCUGAGAGAGAAGACUCAUCUGGGAACUUAAGAACAAAUCCAUAUAUAGAUCAGCUGAAGUCCAAAGGUAGCCCUGGGAUCCCCAGUCUUUGUCAGGGAGAGGAGGCCUCUUCAGAACAAAGUGAAAAGCAAAAUUCAAAGAAUGCUGCUCCUGAGGGCAAAGGCUCUAGCUUUCCAAGCCCAACCAGGGAGGUUGAGAUUUUCCCACAAGGAGAGGAGGAUGUAGCCCACUUAGUACAGGAGCCUUCAGACUGUGAUGAAGAUGACACUGUGACAGAUAUUGCCCAGCAUGGCCUGGAGAUGGUGGAGCCCUGGGAGGAGCCCCAGUGGGUGACAAGUCCCCUGCACUCACCCACCCUUAAAGAUGUACAAGAGGCCCAGAUGCAGGGCCCCCAGGGCCACCGAUUGGAGAAGAGGCUUUCCCACAGGCCCAGCCUUCGCCAGAGCCAUUCUCUAGAUGGCAAAACCAUGGUUAAGAGCCAGUGGACUCUUGAGGGUUCCUCCUCCAGCAGCUGUGCUAAUCUUGAAGCAGAGAGGAAUUCCAACCCUCUGCAGCCCUUGGCACCCAAGAGCGAGAUUACUGGAUGGGAUGAGAAAGCCAUGAGGUCCUUUCAAGAGUUCUCUGGCCUGAAAAGGACAGAGGUUCCUCACAACCAGAAGGGACCAGGUGGUUUGCAGCCCAAAUCAGCAGAAUCCAGCCCUGUCAGUCUAGCAGAGGGAAAGGAACUGGGGACACACCUGGGGCCACACAACCCUCAAAUUGAGCAAGGUAGUAAUCCUGGGCCAGAAAACAGCAAGGAGAAUUCACCGGGUGUGCAGGACAGCACCUCACCUGGAGAGCAUCCCCCAAAGUUACAGCUGAAGAGCACUGAAUGUGGGCCCCUAAAGGGGAAAAACAGGCCUUCUUCUCUCAACUUGGACUCUGCCAUUCCCAUCACUGACCUCUUCCGGUUUGAGAAUGUGGCCUCAUUUGGUCCACCUGGAAUGCAGCUCUUUGAGCCAGGAGACCCAAAGAUCACAUGGAUGACCUCAUCUCAGUGUAAAGUAGACCCCUGGAGGGUUUACUCCCAGGACUCUCAGGACCUGGACAUUGUUGCUCAUGCCCUGACGGGCCGCCGUAACUCAGCUCCUGUGAGUGUGUCAGCUGUGAGAACCUCCUUCAUGGUCAAAAUGUGCCAGGCCAGGGCAGUCCCAGUCAUCCCACCCAAGAUUCAGUACACCCAGAUCCCACAGCCCCUGCCCUCUCAGAGCUCAGAGGAGAGUGGGGCUCAGCCCCUGGAGAGGAGCCAAGAGGAGCCUGGCUCAACUGGUGGGACCUCUCAGAAACUUGCCAAAGAUGAUUCUCUCUCCUCCUUGGAAAGCCCAAAGGAAGAGAAACCAAAGCAAGAUACAGCAGCCAUUGAGUCCUUGCCAAUGGAUGCCACUGCAUCUCGCCUGUGCGAGGGAUCCACCCUUUCUCCAGAACCAGGGUUAGUUAACCUGCUCUCCACUCAGGAUGCGGUAGUGCAAUGUAGGAAGCGCACAUCAGAGACAGAGCCAUCUGGGGACAACCUUCUUUCUUCAAAAAUAGAGCGACCAUCAGGGGGUUCUAAGCCUUUCCACAGGUCAAGACCAGGAAGACCUCAGAGCCUAAUCUUAUUCAGUCCUCCUUUCCCCAUUAUGGACCACCCGCCCCCCUCAUCUACAGUGACAGAUUCCAAGGUCCUGCUGUCCCCUAUCCGAAGUCCCACCCAGACAAUUUCCCCUGGCCUUCUUUGUGGGGAGUUGGCAGAAAACACAUGGGUCACAUCAGAAGGGGUAACACUUAGGAAUAAAAUGACCAUCCCUAAGAAUGGCCAGAGACUGGAGACCUCAACAAGCUGUUUCUACCAGCCCCAGCGGAGAUCAGUGAUUCUGGAUGGCAGAAGUGGGAGGCAAAUAGAAUGACAUCAGUUCACCUGCUGGUGUCUGAGAAAAUGUCAUGAUUCAUCUGGAAGUUAUUACAGAGGCAACUUGCCUUUAUUCCAGGCAGAGGUUAUCCAAGUUUGGGCUUAUUUUGGCCUCUUCUCUUUCUUCAGCCUUUUGACCAUUUAUUAAUUAGGCCAUUUGCCAGAAGAGAGGUCAAGGGAAGGACCAAGAGAUGACAUUUAAAUGAGCCUAUUUGAGCAGGCAGGGGAAAGUCAGGUUAGGGAAAAGGAUGAAAUGCUGGCCUCCAGUGAUAUUUGGGGCUUAUAAGUUGCAUCACUCCCCCAUUGCCAUUAUCUAGUACUGUUGAGAGCUGGAUGUGAUAAUGUCUUUUGAAAGAAAGAGAAAUCCUUUGCCUGUGUUGAAAAAUGUUUCUAUUGAGGUUUGAAGGCCUCCUAUUUACUUCAUGCUUUUUAAUGCUCUUUAAAGCAUGUGUUCUUUUAGACCAGUUUUCUGAUAAGCUUUGUAAAAGUGUACUAUCCAGAGUAGAAGCAGGUUUGGAAAUGCAAACUAACGUACACUUAGACAUCCAAGUGGGUGAAUAUAGCCAUGCUUUCCCUGGAAUCCCUGCAGAUCUAUCCCAGAUGGCUCCAUAUACCAGCAUAGAAAAUCAGAAUCUAUAGUCAAGAGCAAACUCUGAGACUGGCACAAUCCAAGAAGACUUUCUGGCUCUGGCUUUUAUUAAUUUGGGACUCCAGCUGCCACAACCCUGCCCUGUGAUUUAUAAAUCCAGUAGUCGGGCAGGGUGGGGGCUGAGCUGAGGGUUACCUCAAUGAAAUGUGCUAAAUCUUCAUUUAGUAUGAGGUAGUGAACUGCUCUCCUUUCAAUAUCAGAGUUCACGAACAGAUUGUCAUCAUAGAGAAAAGCCUCACACAUAGGCAGAACUACCCUCCAAACGUUAAGUGUUUAAAUCGGUGGGACUUUCAAAGAAAACACCUCUAGUUCAGUUUCACUCUCCUUCCACACUAGGCUGGGACCAGAGUACCAGAGAGGAUAAGGGGGGAGCCCUAAGAGGAGCGGGAAGAACCCUUGCAGGGUGGCCAUCACUCCCGCUUGGUGAGAGCUGCCCUUCUUGAAAAUGUAUUUCAUUUUAGCCAGUGGGUACCUUCCUUCCUCCCUCCCCCUCCAUUGGUCAAGAGCAGAUUUGAGACACCCCUCCCCCUUCCAUAAUCCCCCUCAUCCAGCACCCACCCCAGGCACUCAAAUUUGCUCUUCUCCUGUCUAUAUGCAAGCAGAAGCAAUAAACCAAUCUGAUUUUAUUUCAGUUAUUUAGAACUUCAAAUGGUUCUUUCCUUUUCAGCUGGAGAGAGGAAGGAGAAUUAACAUAACCUGCUGGCAGAUUUUUGGUGCUCUUCCAGAAAGGGCUUCACAGGAGCCCUUGUCAAUGCAAAACCCAUGAGGGUAUCAACACUUUUCAAACCUUCUAAGACAACUAUCUUGUUUGAGAAACAAAGAAAGAUAGGACCUAUUUUUAGCUCUAUGCACCUCUUCUCAGGUUCAAGGCUGGCUGAACUCUGUCCAGAAGCUCAAUCACUGCAGACAUUUCUCUAAGAGCUAGCAGUACCUCUGGGCAGACCUCACAACCAAGGCUGGCAAUGGGCUGGGUAGGGGCUGAACUGAAGUCACCUCCUCCAGUGAGAAACUGGAAGCUGAUAUCCUG